AUGGCAAACAAUUCCACCUCGGAAAGCACAACAGUGAAAGUUGCUCUCAGGAUAAGGCCUCUUACGGCAGAUGAUUUGGUAAAUUUACCAUCACGAUUUCAACGAAACAUUCUCUCUACAACACCAUUCGCACCAAACCAAGUAACCGUCCAAGCAGAAAAGAAACAGACUUACACGUUUGACCAUGUUUUUGGUCCUGAAGCUAUCCAGAAAGACAUCUACGAUCGUUCAGUCAAAAAUAUGGUAGACAAGUUCUUGGAAGGAUUCAAUGUCACAAUAUUGGCAUACGGUCAAACGUCUUCGGGCAAGACAUACACCAUGGGCACAUCCGAUAAUACAUCUUCUCCACCCGACGAAAGGGGAAUAAUUCCGCGUUCGAUGACCACCCUCUUCUCAUAUAUAAAUUCGGCCCAGUAUAAAAAUCGAAAGUGUUCCAUGAAAGUUUCAUUCGUGGAAAUAUAUAAUGAGGACUUGAUUGAUCUUCUAGCUGAUAAAGAGGAAGAAAGUAGGCCUCAGGUUACGAUCAGGGAGGACUCGAAAGGAAAUAUUAUUUGGAGCGGAUUACGGGAAGUUAAAGUUAACAGUGUUGAAGAAGUGAUGGGCAAUUUGACUCGCGGAUCUCUACUUCGUCAAGUCGGCGCGACGGAAAUGAAUGCGCAAUCAUCGCGAUCACAUGCGAUCUUUUCGGUUACGCUUUCACAACAAAAAUUUGUAUCAAAUGGACCAGUUAGUCCAACGGGCACAUCCGCACGUCCGUCGACACCGAGUAGGACGACUGGGUCACCGCCGUCGAGAGCGGGAUCCAGAAUGAGCAAACGUAUGGAAGACGGGGACUGGGUUUCUGUGACGAGCAAGUUCCAUUUCGUGGAUUUGGCCGGCAGCGAAAGACUCAAACGCACUUCAGCAAUCGGGGAGCGCGUGAAAGAGGGAAUUUCGAUAAAUUCGGGGCUUUUGGCCUUGGGGAACGUGAUAUCCGCCUUAGGCGAUCCAACAAAAACAAAAUCCACAACGCAUGUUCCAUACCGAGACUCCAAACUUACCCGGUUGCUGCAGGAUUCUCUCGGUGGCAAUGCACAAACUUUAAUGAUCGCGUGUGUUUCACCGGCAGAAUAUAACGUCUGCGAAACCGUUAAUACACUCAAGUAUGCAAAUCGUGCUCGUAACAUCAAGAACAAUGCAACCGUCACCCAGGAAGAAGCUGGCUGGCAUGAUCUUGAACAUUUGCAAAAUUUGGUUUUGAAGCUCAGGGCUGAGGUCAAGGCCUUGAGGCAAGCGUCCGGAUCAGGAAGAAACACUCCAAGCGAACCCAAGGACAGUCGCCGAUCAUCCACGUCAUUAAGCAUAAUCACCACAGGUCUAGAUAUCCAAACUUCGAGUAAAGAUAAGGACAUUACUAUGCUCGAAGAAAAGUUGGUGGAACUCCAACGUUCCUAUUCGGAACUCACGGAGAAAUAUGCAAAAACUUCUACCGAAUUGACGAUGUAUCAUGAUAACAUGGAUCUUCUAUCAACAACCAAUCAUUUAAGCAAAAUCGACGAGGAAGAGAACGCGUUCUUAACGCACGCCUCCGAGUCUUUCCAGGAAACAAUUGGGCCCUUGAUCGCCGAGUAUGAAAAAUCGAUCGCUGAAUUAGAGAACAACCUCAAGAUUGCCCGAGCCUCUUGGGCAAACUCGGAGCAAAUGAUGCGUGAACAAGAGUCGAAACUUUCAGAAGCAGAAGAACUCAACACUAAAAAUCAAGACAUAAUAGCCGACCUUAAAAAUAUGGUCUCAAAACUCACGGAGCGUGAGGAGAUUUCGGAAAAUUACAUCAAAGAUCUCGAGACUAAACUCGAUGCGCACGCCGGGGAACAAAAAAAAGAUCAGGAAAUGAUAAAUGACCUCAGAAGCAAGAUUGCACAGCUCAGACUUAACGGCGAGAAGAGUGAGGGUGUUAUCCAGAAACUUGAAUUGAGGCUAGCGAAAAGCGAGAGCAAGGUUUCCAUAAUGAAUGAGACAACCCAGAAUUUGGAGAAGGCGUUACACGAAAGGGAGGAUGCAUACAUGAAAUUGGAAUCGAAGUAUAAGAAGGAGAAAUCCCUUGAUGAACAAGAUCAAAAUCUGUUGAUGUCCGAAAUUGAGGAAAGAGAUCGUAGAAUUGCUCAACUCGAGAAGAAAAUCGACGAACUUGUCACCGAGAUUGCUCAAAUGAAGAAACUCAGAGUGGACGUGAACAAUUCGAACACGCCAAUGUCAAGUGGCGAUUUUUCAGUGAUCAUGAAUCUUGAAUCAAAACUCUCGGAACUUCAGAAAGCUCACGAAAAGACUGUCGCCGAGUUCGUGGAUGUUAAAAGCAAAUAUCAAUCAUGUCUCGAAGAAAUUGAAGAGCUUAAUUCGCGACUUCAGGAGACCAAACUUCCACGACUUGGAGUGACGCUGGUCGGCGAUUCGGUUCCAAUGUCUCCGGUAACUGCUAACUUUGUUCAAGAUAGCGAGUCGUUGUCAGCUCACGUUCAUGGAACCCACCGAAAGGCAAAGUCUCUCUCUGAUGAGAUUCAAGGUGCCGAGAAACGUGAACUUUCAAGUAUGGCCAUGGUUCAAAAACUCCAAAUCGAACUCAAGCAAUUGGAGCUGUUACAUUCCGAUAAAGAAAAAGGGCUGAAAGCUGUUAAAAAAGAAUUUGCUCGUCUAGAAGUUAACCACCUUGAAACCCUCGAGAUCGUGAGCGAACUCCGUGAAGAGAUAAAACGACGAGACGCUUUGGCUCAACUUGAAGUUAUGUCGGUGAUGACCUCCGACUAUUCAUACGCGGAAUCCGGAUAUUCUGCCACCACCAGCGAAAUAGAUCAGUACGACAUCGUCAAUCGACUCAGGGAAGAGGUGGAACAGCUGAGGGAAGAACAGAAAAAGAAUUUAGACAUCAUUGCCCUAUAUGAUAGGGAGGACAAGAGUGAGGAGAUUAUGAAGAUUGAAUCGGACAUCGAUUUACUCAAAUCCGAAAUACAUGAUAUCAUCAAUGGCCAAGAUCGAGAAAGCACGAAGAAAGAAAGCCUUGAAGAAUUACAAAUCCAACUCAAAGAAUUAGAAGAGAAACUCAUAAGUGCACAAGAAGCUCAUGCUAAUGAAGUGACCUCCCGGCUUAAGGAAGAAUCAGAUGUUGCCAGCAAAAACGAAUUGAUGGAACUGAGACAACAAGUUGAAAAACUUCAAAAUGAAAUUGAAGUCAAGAGUCACACAAUUGCAGCCCUGUUGUUCCCGUCGAUCGAACAACAAAAUGCCAUUCGAGAGCUGGAAGACGAGCUACAAGAAACGAGAGAAGCUUAUGCUCUUGCCCUGGAGGAAAAAAACGGGUCGAGCACCAUCUCUGAGGAGACUACCAUCAAUAAUGUUGACAAGAAAAUCGAGGAAUUGGAAGAGAAAAUCAAAUCAUUGGAAGAUCAGUUAAUUAAGGCGAAAGAUUCACAAAAAGCUCUUACCUAUCAAAGUGCCGAAAUCGAUCUCGUCGAUUCUACCUACAAGACCGUUGAAACACUGGAGGAAAAAUUAGGCAUCCUACAACAAGAGCUUUCAACCAAAUCCGAGAUGGCCGAAGAUCUGAAGGGCGAACAUGAAACGGUUGUUGCGCUUCGAGAACAACUUGAAGCCCUCAAGUUGGAUAUACAUCACAAGCACGAAUUGAUUGUUAUACUCAAGCGGGAUCUCGCGGACAAAGCCAUGCUUCAGCAAAGGCUACGAGAAAAGGAGGCUGAGGCACUAGCUUUCAGAGCAAAACUCAUGGAAGUUCACAAGCAAGAAGAAGAAGUAGAGAUCGAAAUGAACAAGCUCAAAGCUCGCCUGCAUAAAUUGGAGAGUGGCGAAGACGUUAACAAGGUUCUUCAGGAUGAAUUGGAGGCUCUGCGAAACGAACUCAAGGAUGUCAGAGACAGGGAAGCUGUCGCAUUGGAACGAAUCCGAGCUCUUAAAGCAAGAUUGGGUUCGGACCAAGAAGAAUCCCAUCUUCAAGAACAGUUAGAGCAUUUGCGUACCGUUGAAAUCGCGCAAAGAGAAAGAAUUGCCGUCUUGGAAGAUAGACUUUCUGAGAAAGGCGGAAAAGUUGACGAAGAUCUUGUCAAACUAAGAACCGACUUGGCAAUUGCAAGGGAGGCCGAAUCCGCGCAAAAACGCGUAAUCGAAAAUUUGGAGGUAAAACUUAAAAAGGCUGACGAGAGGUCCCAAGCAACAAGCCUCAAACGUGAGCUCGCCGGAUUGAGAACAAAAGAAGCAGAGCAAAUUAAGAAAAUUCAGGAAUUAGAAUCUCAGCUGAACGAAUCGUGCAACAAUGAUUCUGAGCAA